AUGUCUCACGGACCACCUCAGCCUCCAACCAAUUUUCUUGGCUUUGGGCCCCAAGAUGCCUAUUCCGCCUUUGAAGCUGUUCGUUCCGCCCGCUUUCCUAACCAUGCUCCUCCUCCUGAUCUGAUAACUCACUUUCUUCCCCUCGACCGCCUCGCUUACCUCUCCUCUCUGUCACCCUUCCCGACCUCCGACCCGCCAGACCCCCCGGCGCAUUGUUUUGAGAAACCACCCCCAUUACUACAAUUCGCUACAGACCGCUCCCAACAACGCGCUGACGCAAUGCAGAUGGCGGAAGCCGACCCCAACAUCAUGUCGUCUCUCCUGGACUCGACAGUCUACGGAAGCUUUGACGCCAUGUCCAUGAGCGUCGACAACCCCAACGACGAGAACGCCAUGUCUAGCUUUAACUUUGUCGGCAAUACACCAAUGCCCGACGGCCUCCCCGACGAUACCCCUUCCAUGAAUAACAAUUACUCCAACAAUGGCGACGAUACCUCCAGCGUUGUUGGUGGGGGCCCCAUGCCUUCGAGCGGCUUCAAUUCGCAGGCUUUGCAGCAGGCCGGCAGCACCCUCACCGAAUUCACAAAGAGGCGCAACUGGCCAGCAAAGGUCGUCGAAGAGCUUAAAGACUUCCUCCAGAUACUCGACGCCAAUGGUCGCAUACGUUUCGUCUCCCCGAGCAUUCUAAAUCUUACGGGUUAUACCGCCGACGAAAUCCUCGACACAUUCCUCAAGGAACUCGUCCACCCUGACGACCAGGGCGUCUACGUCGCCGAGCUAAACGAGUCUAUAGCAUCAGGAAACCCGCUACGCUUAUUUUUCAGGCUAAAGAAGAAGGAUGGUAAAUACGCCAUUUUCGAGUCGGUCGGUCACGCCCACAUCGCCGCAUCCAAGUUUGCACCGAACCCGCACAAUCAAACGCCGUUUUGCCAAGCCGUAUUCAUGAUGUCGCGCCCGUAUCCAACAAAAAAUGCCGGCUUACUGGACUCAUUCCUGGAACACAAGAUUGAGAACGAACGUUUGAGGAGGCGCAUUGCUGAGCUGCGCAAGGAGGAAGACAUGGAGAAUGAAGAAUCACAGAGGCAGUGGCUCCAGAGCCAGGAAGGCAGGUCGGACGUAACACCAUCGGAAACCACAAUGACAUCCGCCCCGAGCGCCAUAUCUCGGGCCGGUGACGGGGGCGACAGGUCAUCAGCCCUCAACGUUGCGCUUACACGCGAAGCACUGGAGGGUGUUGCGGGGAGCCGCCCGGAUUCACUAAAGGACAAGAUGGCCAGAUACGAAGGGAACUCACACACUGAUACCAUUGAGAUGUUGACCGGACUGAGAUACAUCGAGGGCGAGAGGAGCCGCGGCAUCACAACAGGAAACGCGAGUCCGACCUUGAUCAAGGGAGACGCGGGCAUUGCGAUUCCACAGGACCGGGACCCUCGGACAGGUGACAAGAAGAAGAAGCUCAAGACUUCGGAGGAAUAUGUCUGCACGGAUUGUGGUACCCUGGAUUCUCCGGAAUGGCGCAAAGGCCCCAGUGGACCGAAAACAUUAUGCAACGCGUGUGGCCUUAGAUGGGCCAAGAAGGAAAAGAAGAAUCGACAUGGUAACAACAACGCUCAUCACUCAGGAUCGUUGCAAGUCGAGCAUGGCGGAGGUUAA